UUCUUGUCUGUGCCUGUCAGUUGCCUAUGCUGUCUUUUUAUUGUCGACAGGUAUAUGGGAAUAUCCAUCCAAGAUGGGUAAGAUAAUGAAGCCAGGUAAAGUGGUGCUGGUCCUCAGUGGCCGGUACGCAGGCCGCAAAGCCAUCGUAGUGAAGAACUACGACGAGGGCACAUCAGAAAAGCCAUACGGUCACGCUUUCGUCGCCGGCAUUGACAGAUACCCACGUAAAGUUCACAAGAGGAUGGGCAAAAACAAAAUUCACAAGCGCUCCAAGAUAAAGCCUUUCGUCAAGGUUGUAAACUACAAUCACUUGAUGCCUACACGUUACUCGGUAGACUUCAGUUUUGAGAAGCUAAGUGCAAAGGACCUGAAGGACCCCGCCAAACGUAAGAAGCUCCGUUUCAACACCCGUGUGCGAUUCGAGGAAAGAUACAAGAGCGGGAAGAACAAGUGGUUCUUCCAGAAGCUUAGGUUCUAAGAUGUACAUUUAACAUAAAAAAAUACAUUACUUAUGUAAUGGAA